AAUGCUAAAGCAUUUUAGAAAUAUGAGUACAUUAUACAUUUUUAAAAUGUCUUUACCAUUAGAAAAGUAUAAAUACAUGACUAUUAAGAUGAGAUUGUAAAUAUGUUGCUGAUCUGUAGAUGUGUAUAUGCUUUUCUUAUUUCAUUACAAAUUGUUGCAGCUUUAAGUUAUGAAGACGAAGUAACCACGUAUGAGAUUGUAGAACCAAUUCAUCUUGGAUCACUCAGUAGAAAUAGGCGAGACCUUUCGACGCGGACUGGUGAAAAAGAAAAUCACUUGGACUCGACCAAAUUUGAAAUCAAUGGAUUUCACAAACAUUUCACGUUACAUUUGCACAAAAACAGGUAUCUACUACCAUCCUCAUUUGUGGUGAUUAGUCAAUUAGAUGAUGGUACCGAUCAUAUUGAGAAGGGAAUUGAACAUUGUUAUUAUCAUGGUCACCUUGGCAACCCUGAAGAAACAGCAGUAGCAGUGGACACAUGCAAUGGUUUAAAGGGAAUAAUUCAAGAUGAAACUGGAGAGGAAUAUUUCAUAGAGCCUCAUGUACUUCACAAUAAGAAUUAUGAGUAUCACAAUAAACAUGUGUUGUAUAAAACAAAAGAUCUAAAGAUUAAAAAACAGGGCAUGUGUGGGCAUAACCAUACUGGUGACGAAUACCAUAACGAACUAAAUUUUUUGUUUAAUUCCAAAAAGAAAUCGCCCCUGUUUUCCGACCAUUUCCGGAAAAGGAGAGCUACAGAGAACAAAAAAUACAUUGAAGUUAUAGUUGUUCUUGACAAAAGAUCGUAUAACAAACGUGGAACAGUUCAAGCUACGAUAACAAGAGGUGUGGAAGUGAUGAAUUUCGUCGAUCUGGUCUAUAAGACAAUGAAUACUCGCAUUGCACUUACUGGUGUUAUUGUAUGGAACGUCGUUGACAAAAUUCAUGUAACUGAGAAAGCAGGCGAUACGUUAGGAGAGUUUCGUAAAUAUUCUGUUGAUGUCAUACACGGAAGUUUAAAUUUAAAUCCGGAUAACAUUCAAUUACUAAGUGGCAUUGAUUUUGAAGGAUCUUUAGUUGGAUUGGCUGGUAUAGGUGUGAUAUGCUCAGAAGGAUCUUGUGCUGUCAAUCAGGAUCACGCAAACUCUGCGGCAGUUUUAGCUAACACGGUCGCUCAUGAGAUGGGUCAUAAUUUGGGAUUUUACCAUAAUGGAGGUGAUUGUAAAUGUUCAAAGACUCCCUGUGUAAUGGGUGCAUAUGCUCCGUCAACACAAGUAAAAGGCUUUUCAUCCUGCGUUCAUGAAACGUACGACAAAAAAUUGGAUAAAGGCAGUAUACCAUGUGUAUUUGAUUAUCCUGAAAAGUUAUAUGGUGACCCAAAAUGUGGAAAUGGUUUUCUUGAGGAAGGGGAAGCAUGUGAUUGUGGAACACCUGAGGAAUGUAAGGCAUCUGGAGCAGAUGCAUGCUGUUUACCAAAAACUUGUAAAUUACAAAGUACAGCACAAUGUGCAACUGGACCCUGUUGUGAAAAAUGCAAGUUUAAAAGUAAAGGAACACUUUGUCGGGAUAAAUUUAACAAAGAAUGCGAUUUACAAGAAUAUUGCACAGGGAAAUCUAAUGAGUGUCCAAAAAAUUUUUAUGUAAAAGAUGGUGUUUCUUGCAGCGGCAAUACGGCGUAUUGCUUCAAAGGUUCAUGUGAAAGUCUUGAUACACAGUGUCAAACGUUGUGGGGACCAAAUGCUGUGAAAGCUCACGAUGUUUGUUUCAAACAAAAUGCUAAAUCUGCGAAUGAGUGGGGAAAUUGUGGAAAAAAUAACCGUGGUGAAUUUAAACCAUGUGCAGAAGCGGAUAUAUUAUGUGGUAAAAUGCAAUGUGCUGGAAAGUCAGAGGAUCACCCAUUACCUACGUUCCCAAUUAUCGGAAGUAAUCGCAAGCGAAAUAGAAUUGUUUUCACCUACGGUGGAGGUUCUAUUGUGUGCAUAAUGGGCGUGACAUCAUUAGGAGAUGAUUUGGAUGAUCCAACUAUCACACCUGAUGGAACAAAAUGUGCAGACAAUGCUAUUUGCAUGGACCAGAAAUGUGUAAAUAUAUCGUCUCUCAAACAUAUUAAAAGCUGUAGUGUGGGUACUUGUCUAAAUGGUGGAGUUUGUAACAAUAACGGUCACUGCCAUUGUCCCCCUGGAUAUGCGUGCCCUACGUGUCAAUUUGCUGGUCCUGGUGGAAGUUUAGAUUCUGGUCAAGGUUGUAUAUCAGGAGGCGGUAAUAAGGGCGAUAAGAAGGAAGGACUUGAGGAUUGUGGCUGUCUCACACCGCUUGUAAAGGGAAUGUUAAUAUUAUUCUUGUUGGUCAUUCCCCUGUGUGCAUUAAUUGGUUACCUGUGCUAUCGCAACCGUGUUGUUAUGCACAAACGAUAUCAAGCCUACCGUACCAAAUCUGAUCGCGGUAGAAGCGCAUCAUCAAAAGAGCUUAGACAUGGUCGACCAUCACGUGAUGCUGGCAUCGAUAAUACAUAUGAAGCGCCAUACGUGACCUAUUCUGACCCUAAUGCGCGUCCUCAAAAGACAGCGGCCAAGCCCUCGCUAAAACCACCGCAGUCUUCUCCGGCUCCACCUCCUCCCAGAACAACACCAGUAACCUCAUCAUCAAGUAAAACAGAGAACAAACUACAAUUCCAGCCUAUAGGAGGAAGAAGUCCAAAGGUUGCCAGGCUACCACCUAUUGAAAAUAACAACAAAAUUAAUUUCUCUGCUGAUGUAACCAGUGGGAAGAAAUGGCCUCCUCCACCAACCUAUAAGCCAUACAAGUAGAAUCAUGUUCCAGUGCUAUUUUUUGUUAUAUCAUCAAAUGAUAUGAUAGUUUCGUUUUAAAUUAUCCAACAGCUUCGUAGCAACUAGCAAAACUGGAACGUUAGUAUUUACGACUAAUAUCUAUUUGGAAGUUACCUUAGUGGUAUCAAGUUUCGCGGAUUUUGAAACGUUUGGCCAUUUUCGAGAAAGAUAACAAUAGGAACCAUUUGCAAUAUUACGGAAAAAAUUACGUUGAAAUUAACUAUAAAACGGGCUUGUAGAUUUUCAAUAUUACUGUUUGCAACUAUUUGAUUCUUUUCGAAAUUGCCUAUUGAUUCGCGAAAAUUCAUCUUCGCGAUAUCAAUAAAAAUAUCUUUCGCAAAAAUUAACUUCGUUAAGGUAAAUAUUGAAGGUUACCGUCUUCUUAUUGUUCGUAAGUACGAAUUUUUUUAUUGCUUUUGAUUAGGUUAGCUGAUUUUUUUAAUUUGCACUUUACCAGUACGAACCGUUAUUGGCCGCAGGCUGUGCCCUGUACAACCCCCGUGGGUGCCAUAUGGCUUCCGUGGCCAGUAAAAAGUUAUGAAAAACAUCGUAAAAUUUUCAAAAAAAAAAGAUGACAAGUAUUAAGUCCCACAAAGCUUCGAUUUAUUGUUGAGGCUUACUAUUUUUUACUUUUAAGUGUUUCGAUCGUGUUUUAUAGUGUUAUGUGGUAUGUUUUGUCUUUUCACUGUUUUGUAUUACUCACCAGCCCCUCCCACACCCUCCAUCAACCACGACCUUUUUUCUAUGUUUCUACAGACACGUAUGUAUGGUUGACAGCAAGAAAGAUAUAGUUAAUAUUUGUAAGAGAUUUAAUCCUCAAGAAUACUGUCUUUGUAGUUCUCAGUCUCGUUCCCAGAGAAAGAAUUAAAAAAAAACAGACGAUUCUGGGAACGAAUUUGUCAGCAUAAGGACAGUCGUAGCAUGUAGCAUUGUUGUGUAUACAUUGUUAGUCGAAUUUAAAAGUAGUUGAACGCAUGUACAUAGCCAAUCUUAUGCACAGCAUAUAUAUAUAUUUUUCAUGUUUAUAUUUCACACAUUUACGCUCUUUACACAUAUUUUUUCUACCAACUUCGUUUCUUUUCUUCUCUUGUCACUUCGUUAUAAAUAUGCGUCGACGUGACUAGGGAAAAGUGCAAAGUAAGUUUAUUCUGUAUAUGCAAACAAGUACUAAUAAAAUGUAUGAUCCUGUAUACUACCUCUGUCCUGAGAUCAGUGUGUUCAUCACACGCUAAAAAGGUCUGGUACAUAGGUAGCUUUUAAUUUAUGCUCUAAUGACUUUAAUACGAUAAAUAAUUUAUAACUCGAUGAAUAACUUUACUAAAUAAAAGUUAGUAUUUUUUAAA